AUGGAACCUGCUCAAAUAUCGGAGAUUCGUCUUCGUAAACACACUGCCGCAUUCGUCAUCUGCUACGAAGUCGGCCGUUCGGUUUGGCAUCCGGGAACGGUUGUUGGAAAAUUUAACCAACCGACAUACACAAAAACAGUUGGCUUGGGAUGGCGAUUCGCUUUUGCAUGCGGCCUAUACUCGAGCAAUGACCUCUACCCCAUAGACAUUUACUUCCAGCACCAGGGUGUCGCGGUCGGUUCGACACUUCGUAGUCUGGAGGUCGUAGCCAUCUUCAAUAAGGCACGAAGAACGAUUCUACAGGACUGGCCCAUCAAGAGUGAAAGCGCAGAUAUACCUAAAGUCUGCACUUAUCAGCCAGAUUUCGCGAUACCCAGCAACGCUAAGGAAGGGACAAAAUUUCCGGUGAUCUUCUCGUUCACUGUGACGUACGCUGUAGAAGAUACGCAGGAAAUAAGCUGCACGCUGGGGCAUUCACUGUCUAGCGGUCUGUUCGCGGACACCAGAUUCUUUGCGUAUUCCAUUCGCAGGCCCUCUGGUGGGGUACGGAGACCCCUUCCUCUCUUUGCAAACGGAGCGCUGCUGAAGGCGAAGUCAGCUUACUUCGUGGCCUUGCUCUCCAAUAAUGGCUUCUCCGAGUCCAAAUCUGCAACUCUGGACGACACAUUUCCCGCGGGCGAAGAGAGCGAAAUCCUUGACUAUGACUAUGAAUCCGAUAGCGAUCUGUCGGAGGCAGCGGAUCUCGCAGACGUUGCGGAGUCUGAUGGCUCCGACAAGACCCAUAGCGAACCACGCCUGGAUCAUGUUGUCCAGUCUCAACGGAAGGGAUUUGGUCAAACGAUUGUAGUGAAGGACGUUGCUUACUCGACAUUAAAAGCGCUCAUAAUGUACCUGUACACGGGAAAGAUUCUCUUCUCGCCUCUCAAGUCGUCUGGAGCCGAGUGGAGCAACAAGGCGAAAGCUGGCAUUCACUGUUCCCCCAAGUCAAUGUAUCGACUGGCUGACAAGAUCGGCCUCGUCCAUUUGAAGCAGAAAUCACGCGAAGCUAUCCGAGCGGGCCUAUCGGAGUCGAACAUUCUGCAGGAAGCCGUAUCCGGUUUCACCUCCAGAUAUGAUGAAAUAGAGGCCAUGGAGAAGGCGAUCUUACUCAAGAAUUGCCGCUCACCUGGUGUGAAAGCAGCCAUGCCUGAUAUAAUGAAGAGGGCAAUCGCAGAUGGCGAACUGUCCAGCGCCCAGGGCAUCAUUACCGUUCUCGUAGAACGGCUGAUGAUAAAGGAAUGA